AAGAAAUUCAGAAGUUAUGAAAUUAAAAUAGCGCGUUACUAUACAUUAAUUAUAUAAAUCUAACAAAUUUAAUUUAUCGUUUAUAUUUUGUAUUUUAAAGUACGAUAAUGAAUUGUAUAUAGAUAUCUUUUGUGAAAAGGGACAUUCAUACUUAGUUAAUACAUUUGUUUAUUCUAUAUUAAUGAAAUUUAUGCUUAAAUACGUACACGAAAUUAAAGGUACACAUACCUACCAACAUUAUUUAAAUCAUUGUUAAUUAUGGUCAACAAAAUAACACAGCACUCAGUUAUUAUUUAUUAUCAUUCCUCUUGAUACAUUGUUAUUUGUAAGUCAUUAUCUCCCAUCAUGUUUUAUGUUAUAUAUAUGAAUGUAUAUAUAUAUAUAUAUAUAUAUAUGUAUAUAUAUAUAUAUGUAUAUAUGUAUACAUACAUACGUGUCAUAUGUAUUCUGUUCGUAUAUAGAUGUAGUAACUCUGUCAAACCAAGAUGUAUAAUAAGAACUGAUUCACAAUAAUAAUGAUAAUAUGAUCGCCGUAUAUAUUUGUAUAAUAAUAAAAACCUGAUUAGUAUAAUAUUUUGAUAAAGUAGAUAUAUAUAUAUACAUAUAUAUAUAUACAUAUAUGAAAGCAAUCAGACACUGCAAAUAUUUCUUUUUUGUUUAAUCUAAAAUAUAAAUAUUAUAAUAUAUAAUGUGUAUUUAUAUUUAAAUAGAUUCUACCAGUUCAACAUUCAAUAAUUUCGUAAGCUAAAUUCAAAAUCCUUCAUCUAACAUUUUUAUUAAUUUUCAUUUACAAUAUAUUAAGAUAUUUAUUCGAAAAUGAAAGCUGAACUAAAUUGUAAGUUUUAAUGACUUUUAUAUUUUCCGCGGUAAUUUUACGGUUUGGAAAAAAUUUUCAAACUGGCCAAUCAGCGUACGCCAUUAUUGUGCAAUGUGAAAUUUUCUUUCGAUUUGGUGGGUGAAAUUGUGCGAGCACAUAAUAGCGAUGAUCUUAUUACAAUUAAACGAUUAAUUUUUUUUUCGAUGUUGAAAUUGAUAACACAUUAACAAUUUCUAUUUGUUAAUUCUUUUAAUAGUACAUUUAUUGAUAUAUAAUAUGUUGUAGCAUAUAAUGGUAAUUUGUAUUUAUUGAUCUUGAUUGAUAUAGACAUCAUGAAAGACAAUAGAAUUGCUUAUGCUUAUAUUUAUUACGUAUAGAUAACUACAGUAAUAAUUUAUAAUUUUGUAAUAAUAAUAUUAGUGUAGUAGUAUUAAAGUGUAUAGGUUAUACAAUAAUUUUCGAAUUCGAAGAAAGUGUAUAUUAUAACAUGAUGAGUACAGGUACACUUAGUUCGAGAGCAGAAAAAUAUUUUUAUAGUUUAAGUCCUUUGGCUCAACGUAUUGGCGAAGAUAUAACUGUGACAAAAGAAGCUUAUGAGGGUCUUUGGAAUACUUUGAGCAUAUCAGAACGGAACCAGGCGAUUAAUGAAACUAUAAUUCAACCCGAGGUAGCUUUACAAUAUGCAGUUAAGGAAGUUGAACUUACUAAAGAAUUACCAGAUUGGUAUCCGAAACUUCGUAUUCAGACUGGCAUGAAAUACGUCAUCGAUGAAACAGGAUCUACAUUAAAAUGGCGAGAUGAACAUUCUGCACCAUUUUCAUUUAUGACACAAUCGCAAAUGAAUUUAAAUUUAAUAGAUCCUAAUGAAGAUUUUACAUCCAAAUGUCUGAGAUCUCAUUUCGGAGAAUCUCCUCAUUUUUCAAGUCCAAUUAAAACUCAAAGAAAUAAUACUAAUUCAAUUACCGAUAAUUAUAAUUCUAAUCAAACUAAUCGUUAUCAAUCGGAGUGUUAUUCCAAAAGUAUAUUUGAAGAUGAACCGUGUGGAAAUUUACGUAAUAGUGACAUAGAUACCGAACACUCCGAGAGUAUAUUUGCAAAAUUAAUUAAUAAAACUUCCUUAUUAAAAUUGCAAAAUAAUUUGGAGGAUGAUAUGGAAAGUUUGGUACACGAUAGAGAUUCGGAUAAAAGUCAAUCUAAUACACUUGUAGCUAUUUCACGAACAAAAUCAAGUGAUAUUAAUGAAUCAACAGCUCUCUUAGAAACACCUAGCUCCUAUAGUAGUUUUCAGUCUUCUCAAUUAAAUCACGAAGAUGAAGAAAGAUGUAUACCAAAGACUGGAUUUGAAUUUUUAGAUAAUUGUAUCUUAAUAGCCAUUCAACGAAAAACCGGAUUCAUCCGAUUGCAGAUGAAUCUAUUUCUCGAUGAAUCCAGUUUGGAGGAGAAAGAAAAGUAGAAAAAGUUCUACACGAUGCUGAGACAGCAGAUACGGCCACAAAGGUCACAUACAAGGCCCCACUUCAUGGGACCCACUCAAGACUUAUAAGUAGUAAUUAAUAAGAGUAGAUAAAAGUAAAUAGGAAUGACUGCGAGCAUAAGUGGGAUACAAAAGUUUUAAAAAGUGCAUUUCACUAAGAAGUUAUUUUAGAAUUCUGCUAUAUUUCUUUAUUUAUCUAUUGAAGUAUUAUUAGCGAUAUAAAAUGGAUAUGUGUUGAUGUUUAGUUGCAAUUAGAUUAAAAAGAUGUUGGAAAAGUAAUACAAUAUGCAGCCAUUCGCUCGGUAAUACUUGCGUUAAAAGAUUUACAAUUAGACUUUGCAAGUAUUAACGACCCAGGUCUCACCACGUGGAGGUUGC